AUGCUGAACAAGAUGAUCUCCACCCUCGUGCGCCAGACAAUGAGAGGUGGUAGGCUGAAGGGGGCACUGUCGGACCCCCUGUUCGUGGUUCUCUUGGCUCUUCAGAUCCUAGUGGUGGCUGGACUUGUGCGUGCUCAGACCUGCCCCUCCGUGUGUUCCUGCAGCAACCAGUUCAGCAAAGUUAUUUGUACGCGACGAGGCUUACGAGACGUCCCUGAUGGCAUCUCCACCAACACACGCUACCUGAACCUGCAAGACAACCUCAUCCAGGUCAUCAAGGUGGACAGUUUCAAACACCUACGCCAUCUUGAGAUCCUACAGCUCAGCAAAAACCAUAUCCGCAGCAUCGAAAUUGGAGCAUUCAACGGUUUAGCCAGUCUCAACACUUUGGAGCUUUUUGAUAAUCGCCUCACGACAAUCCCCAAUGGAGCAUUCGAGUACUUGUCCAAACUGAAGGAGCUAUGGCUGAGGAACAACCCCAUCGAAAGUAUACCUUCCUAUGCCUUUAACAGGGUGCCGUCACUGCGGAGGCUAGAUCUGGGCGAGCUGAAACGUCUCUCAUACAUUUCUGAUGGCGCGUUCAAAGACUUAUCUAACCUGCGCUACUUGAACCUGGGAAUGUGCAACCUUAAGGAGAUUCCAAAUAUACUCCCGUUGGUUCGGCUGGAGGAGCUGGAGAUGUCCGGGAAUCAGCUUACCGUUAUAAAACCCAGUUCUUUUACCGGACUGGUCAACCUGCAGAAGCUGUGGAUGAUGCACGCACAGGUCCAAACCAUAGAGAGGAACUCCUUCGAUGAUCUGCAGUCCCUUGUGGAGCUCAAUUUGGCCCAUAACAAUCUUACGUUUUUACCCCAUGACCUCUUCACGCCGCUGCACCGUCUUGAGCGUGUUCACCUGCAUCACAACCCCUGGAACUGUAACUGUGAUAUUCUUUGGCUUAGCUGGUGGCUCAGAGAAGCGGUGCCGGCUAAUACUAGUUGUUGCGCACGAUGCAACACACCUUCGGUCUUCAAGGGUCGCUACAUUGGGGAACUCGACCACAGCUACUUCCAAUGUGAUGUGCCUGUAAUUUUAGAGCCCCCCACGGAUCUAAACGUAACGGAAGGGAUGGGCGCCGAGCUCAAAUGUCGUACAAAUUCUUUAACGGCAAUUUCCUGGCUCACACCGAACGGAUCGCUGGUAACGCACGGUGCUUACAAAGUUCGGCUGUCGGUUCUCAAUGAUGGAACGCUGAAUUUUACAAGCGUUACGAUGCAAGACACAGGGACGUAUACCUGCAUGGUUAGCAAUACGGCAGGGAAUAUCUCUGCCUCGGCUGUACUAAAUGUCAGUUCGGUGGACAACAGCGGAGUCACCUACUUUACAACCGUCACUGUGGAAACUAUCGAGACCAUCGGCGAUGAAAGCCAUACCCCUCUACCCCCCUUCGGCUGGGUGUCCUCUUCGACCACCAAAGGCACUCCGGUCUCCACUCGAACCACAGAACGGACUUACACCAUCCCGGUACUGGAUGUUGACAGUGAGGGAACCUUCACCGGAUUGGACGAGGUGAUGAAGACAACCAAGAUUAUCAUCGGGUGUUUCGUCGCUAUCACGUUAAUGGCCGCCGUGUUGCUGGUGAUAUUCUACAAGAUGAGGAAGCAGCACAACCAGCAGGAUCCCGAUGGACCAGCCUCGUCGAUGGAGGUGAUCACGGUGGAGGAGGAGCUAGCGGGGGUGGCGGCCAUGGAGAGGCACUUGAGCCUGCCCCCGCUGGAUCAUUACAACCACUACAACACCUAUAAGAGUUCAUACCACCACGCGCCCAUGCUCAGUACCUUACACAGCUCGGUAACGCAGGAACCUUUACUCAUCCAGGCCUGCUCCAAAGACAACGUCCAGGAGACCCAGAUCUGA